UCUCUAAUUGGUUAAUAUUUUGCAUCUCGUAGUACAACAUGUGAUAACAACAGUAAUCACAUGAUGUUAUUGACUUUAUAUAUGAGAGUAGAAAUUUGGCGCCAUUCGUCACAUUACAAGAAGCAUGUAAACAAUAACACUUGCUUUCAUUACGUAUUAUAAGUUUAUCGUGAAUAAAAAAAUUCAACUUUGAUAUUCUCAAAAUUUGUUCAAUAAAUAGUUUAUGAGUAAUUGUACAGAAUCAUGUCACUAUCUUUGCAAAAUCUUACAAAACGAGCAGUACCCGUAGGUAUUGAAAAAGCAACAAAAAAAAUUAAUAGGUUCGAUGGCUUGUCAGAGGAAGAAGUUAAAAAAAAUACUCUUAAAGAUAUCUUAGAAGUUGAUUUAGAUUUAGUUUUUGUUGGUAUUAACCCUAGUUUAAUGGCAGCUCAUACAGGAAGAUAUUAUGCCGGUCCGGGGAAUCACUUUUAUAAACUACUCUUUGAAUCAAAAUUAAUACCCAAGGCUGUAACUUAUGAAGAAGAUUAUAAACUAUUGCAAUACAAAAUUGGUUUGACAAACAUAGUAGCUAGAGCAACAAGAUCAUCGGCAGACUUAAGUAAAUCAGAAAUAAGAAAGGGUGCGAUACUUGUACAAGAAAAGUUGAAGCAUUUCCGGCCAAAAAUUGCUAUAUUUAAUGGAAAAUGCAUCUACGAAGAGUUUGUCGAUAAAUUUGAUAAGUCAUCGUUUUGCUUUGGCCUACAACCUAAUAGAGUCGGAGACACAGCUCUUUGGGUAGUACCUUCGAGUAGUGCUAGAUGCGCAAACUUUCCUAGAAUGCAGGACAAAUUACAUUUUUACACCUCGCUUAAAAAAUAUUUAGCUUUCUUAAAAGGUGAGAUCGACGAAGUGAAUCUCAAUGAAUUCCAUUUUGAAGGUACAUGUAAACAGGCUGUUGCUAGAACUUCGAUAAUGUGGAGACGUAAAGUGAAACAGAUAGAAAAUAAUGAGACGGAAAAAGAUUCGGGAAUUUCUAUGUCACAAAGCGAUUAUUCUCAAGAAUUAUCUGAAGAUAAUUAUGCACAGACACUUAAUAAUAAACCUAAACAACAAAAUAGUUUGCGUCGUACAAAACGACAAUCUAGAAAAGCCAUCAAGCAAAGCACAGCUAUUGCACUUAGAUCUAGUAAAGACAAAAGUCAAAAUAUAGAUUUUAUAAAUUUAAUUAAAGAACGAUUAAAUAACAAAAAUAGAAAUACAAGUAAAUGUGAAAAGAAUGAUUGUAAUUAAGAGAGAU